CCCCGACUCAAUCUCUUCCCCCCAAACUGGUUGCAUACCUGAGCCUACACCACCAAUCACAAAUGAUCGGACAGCUUUAAUGGUGGGAAACUGCCUCGCCGAAGCCAUUUUGAUCACUUCGUCUUAUGGAUAUACCGUUUUUUCUAUGUUAUUUCUUCUAUUUAUAUCGACGACCAGACUUAGACCUAAUAGGUAGUGGAAAAGACGAAGAGGGGAUAGAGUCGGAUCGGCAGAGGCGGCAAGAGCUAUAAUGACAAACACCACUCAGGAUCUAAGACACGUCGUGACCGGAGUAUUAAUACGCAUAGGGAGACACAAGGCACCAGCGUCAAGCUCGGCUUCCCGGACAACGACCUCCCCUGUGCUUCUGACGAAAGGACCACAAAGACCGAGGAGAUCCGUCAGGGCAGUGGGGUGGUUCCUGGGAUAGCCAUGGAAAGCCGUCCUAGCUCCUUGCAUUCGUCCCAACAGACGCUUCUUCAACGGAUGAUUGGCAUACGGAUUAUUCGUUCUAGUUAGUAGUACGUGUAUCGGUAGCCAAUCCCCCGACAAUGACUAAGGGACGCCGGUCUCAAGCCUUACGAAGACCCUUCGUUCACUUAGUUCACUUAGUUCACUUAGUCAAGGGGGGGGCCCUUGAGCUUCCGGGUUUAUCGUACCAGGUCCAAGUCACGAGGUCAAUAAUAUUCUGCAGGUCGAUACUAUCCUGCGUUAUCCUACGUACAGGAUGCAUAUUAGCUCGUUCUAUAGGUCGACAAUCCAUAUAAGUGAGGCGUCUGUUCUAGACGUGAGGUAGUACGCCGUGUAUACCCCGCGACGGAUUGGCAAUAUUUCCACUAAUACUAAAGUGAGG